GCUUUAACACUGCUUGGUGUCUGCUCUAGUCUGUCCCUGUGAAACAAAAUGCCAGCGUUGACAUGAAUUUUUCAGCGAAACAACAUCUCCUCAGUUUUUUCUUUGUAUAACUGGACAAGGGGAAAAGCUUACAUUUUUAGAAAACUGAAUGUUAACAUCCAAUGAAGCCAAGAAAUGGUGGAAGGUGUGAAACCAGCAGAGGAUGGGAGGUGGUGCAAGUUUUCCCGGAACAAGUAUUUCGUCUUUAUUCUGGUAUUUGCAGGUCUGUUCCUGAUUUACAACAGAAAUACAAUAAUACCAGAUGAAAACCCAAAAAAGUGGAUGCAAAAUCAAUCAGCAAAUUUGUUGAAUUUCUUCAGUGGUCAGAGACUAAACAUAUCCUCACUAAACACUACAACUAAUGACAACUCCACUUCUCAAAAUACAACUGUACCACCAACACCUGUUCCUUACGUGUCUCCUGGACCAUAUUUAGUUGAAUACCCCCAUGACUACCAGUACAUCAUAAAUGAGCCACAGAAAUGUGAACAGGAGAACCCAUUUGUGGUUCUGAUCGUUCCUGUGGCCCCAAACAAUAGGCAACACCGUGACAUCAUCCGCAAAACCUGGGGGAGUGAAAGUCUUGUCCAGGACAAAGUGGUGAGGCUGUUCUUUUUACUGGGGCUGCACACCGGGGAGGAGGUGGAGCAGGUCCAACAGCAAGUACUUGAGGAGAGCAAAGAGCAUCACGACCUGAUCCAGAGCAACUUUGUGGACUGCUACAAGAAUCUCACCAUUAAGACCAUGGUGAUGCUGGAGUGGCUAACUGCACACUGCUCCAGCCCCUCUUAUGCUAUGAAGAUUGAUUCAGACAUGUUUCUGAAUGUACAUAAUCUUGUCAGUAUGCUCUUGAAUGCUCAAAAAGCAAACUAUAUGACUGGGCUUGUGGCAAGUGGCGGUACAGUACUGCGAGAUCCAAGCUCUAAGUGGUACCUACCUCAUGACAUUUAUGCUCCGCCACAGUACCCCCGCUAUGCUCUGGGCCUGGGCUACAUUUUGUCUUUAGACCUCCCAAAAAAGCUCGUUGAGGCAUCCAGACAUGUUAAAGCAGUUUACAUUGAGGAUGUGUAUUUAGGGUUGUUAAUGCAGCACCUGGGCAUUCCUCGCACUGACUCCCCAAACUGGUAUUACUUCCAUGUAUUUCCUUUGCCAUAUAAUCGAUGUGCCUUCUCCAGGAUAGUAGCCACCACAACUGAUCCAAACACUAACCGUGAGCAAAUUUGGAAUGACUUUAAAAACCCAGGCCCAUACUGCUAACCAUAAACUGAAAAAAUAAAAUAAAAAUGCAACAUGAAACAACAGGGCAGACUUUCCAUGACUCUUUAAAAAAAUAUGUAUUUUUAUAUUCACAUAUAGGCUAUUAUGAUACUCAUGUAAAAUCCCCUAAUCUCAAAUUUUAUUGAAACUGAACUAGUAUUGUUCCACUGUAUAUUUAAACUACACAGUUUAUGUAGUUUAUUAUUUAAAGAGUGACAUUUUACAUAUCUGAGUCUUUGUUAAUUAAGUUUAAAAACUGUCAAAGUGAAAACAUGCAGUCACACCCGUUCUUAACACUACAAAACGUGCAGUCACACCCGUUCUUAACACUACAAAACAUGAUCCCUGACUGUGUUCUCAAGUUACAGUCCUCUCUGUGUUCACAGUUUCUGGGAAAUGCAAGGUACACAGAAACAGAUAUCCUUAAGCAUAUUGACCUUACAGUGUAUUAAAUGGAUAUUUUGCAACAGGUCAGUGUAUGAUAGAAUUUAUUUCUCACUGCGAUUAAGAAGUUGAGAAUUUUCCAAGGUGCAUGAAUAACAUUAUAAACAACCUCUACCUUUGACGUCUGUUGCAUAUGUCCUAUCAAACGGUACCCAUGCAUCAAUUAUGGGAAUAUACAUAACAUAGGGAGUGAAAUAUAUUUAUCCCUGUGGCCCUAAUUUUUAAUUACUUUUUAAACUUUAGUGUAGAAAAUUAUUUCAAACAUGAGAUUUCUGUUGAUGUGUGUAGAAAAUAGUUUAAGGCUUGAAGGAUGUUCUUCUUGCUUUACUCCUUCUGUUCAUGUUCUAGGCCUCAUCUUUACUUACCAUACUGUAUAUAUAGAGGAAGUGAUGUCUUCCAAAAAUCCCCCUUUUUUAACGCCUGUCUGAAUGUUUCUUGCACUAAAAGACAGGCUAAUAUCAACCAGGUCACCACUGACAUAUCUAGAGUUUUUGUUUUAAAGGUUUUGUUUUAUGUUUAAUAAAUAAACUGUCAGAAAUUCCACUUACAUUUUUAUGAACUUUUGGAUAUUUAGUGAUACGAAUAGGAUAAAACAUUAAAAAACGACUGCUGCCUACACUUACCUUGGAUGUUUUGAAAUGUUUUUUGCACCUGGGCUAAAGACCGCUUGUGGUUCUGUACAGUAAAUACAAUUUUUUUUGUCAAAAGUAUUUUUAUUGAAUUAUAAUAUAUAAUUAGAAUAUAACUUUAACAGGUACAUUAUGAAUACAUUCCAUGUGUAAAUAUGGUUUUAUUAUUAUUAUUAUUUUUAAAGGUUACAGGGCAAUAUUAGUUUAAAGUAACUUCUAUGAAAACAGGGUUUU